AUGCCUGUCUGUACGCUUCACCUUCUGACUCUCGACGGGUCCACCGGCCCCCGAUCGUUCAUUCAACAACUGAAAGAUGCCUCGACCAAGGUCAUCGUUGCCUCCAGACCUCGGCAUGUUGUAAUCCAUCCGACGCAACUCGACAACAACCCGCUUGCGACUAAGAAUUGGGAUCUCAUGGUUCUUCUCCAAGCAGAUGCCGACAGUCAAGAUCCGAUUCCUGCCACCCUGCGCAGCUUGAUCACAGACGAAUACAGAAUAACGACAGGCAUCCCGUCCAAACUCGUUGCCAGCUAUCCGUCCCGCAACGCAACACUGCAACGUGAAUCCAGCGAAUGCCCAUUGACAGGUUCUCUCGAGAAAAUCCUCAAGGAUGGGGCUAAGUCCACGUCGCAAAACCUCGAGGUCUCCCCCAGCUUGCUUGCGUUCAUGGGCGAGCUUACAAAAACGCAUCCGGGCCCCGUUACCAUGCUCAAUCUGCUGCAUUUUCAAUACCCCAACGGCAAACAGAGCUACUACCAAUACGGACAGGCAUUCAUCUCGGUCGCAGGCAAACGCGGUGGGAAUGCCAAGCUGGUUGGAAAUGUGGUGCCGGUGCAGUCGCCGCACAGCGAUUCUCGGGGCCCGCCGGGAAGGCCGGAGCAGGACUGGUGGAAUGAGAUUUCUAUUGUGCAUUACCCCUCGAUUCGACACUUUUGUGAUAUGCUCGCAGGCGAGGAUUAUCAGGCGAUCAAUGAGAAGUACCGCCUCUCGGCGCUUCGUGAUACGUUCCUUUUGUGUACUACAGAGUUUGAUGUCGAGGGAUUGGGAUCUUCGAAGCUGUGA